AUGACUUGGAACGAAGCAGCAUUGCAAUUCUAUAUGCAUAUGAACGGUACAUCUUGGCUAUUUCCGAUUGGUGCAUCCAUACCGCGGCAUAUGUUGGCCAAAUGUCAUUCGGCUUUACCACGACCACCAUUCGAAAGUCUCAUAUUCUGUUUCGUAUGCGUGAUUGCAUGUGCUUACUUGGAAGGUGAUCGAACGGUAACUUGUGCACUGCGACAACAGUAUAGCCAAAUGGGACAGAUUUUCGAUCUGAAUGUUAUGAACAGGCGUUUGCUGCAUGAAAAUGAUGAUGAUGGCGGUGAUGAUAACGAUGACUGUGUUACAACAACAUCCACAUCUUCCUCGGAAAUCAAGCCUUCAUCACCACGACGGCAUGUCUUGCAUUACUCGUCGGAUUCGAAUCUAUUGGUACGAUCGUUUUGGCAAACAGCAGAUAACGUCCUUUGGCUGUUUUCAUUCAUUUGGCAAUUCCGUGGAGAUGAGAAAAACUUGGCCGAUUACGUUGCGGUUAUAGCGAUCAGAAAUCGAAAACUAAGCUCAGUACAGGAAGACCUGUGGCUGCAUUUCAAAACCGUUGAUAGCUUAGGCGAUCCUGAUAAUUACACUUUGAUACGCUAUCAUUUUCAGGCAAGUCUACCAAUAAAGCCGACGAAGGCACGCCAGACAAGAACACUGCGUCUGAUUCGUGUAACAGCACUGCAAACACCGUGGUUAAACGAUAUGGCUAUAAGAGGUCUGAACAGGUUACGAUCGGGAACAGCUCCUGAAGCAUCCGGCAAAAAUUCGUCAAUUCCCAACUAUAACAACAGCAAUUACGGCAAGAAAAGGGGUUUAACCGGUAGCGAAACGGCGGAUAUUGCCACUUCACGAACUGCCAGGAGACCAGUGCAAGAUUAUGUGACAGUGAGUGCAGCUGCCGUACAAACAACACCAACCAUCGAGAAAGGUGGCCACUGGCUUUCGGUUCAUCGUGAAAAAGCUGUAGAUGAAAGAUCGGAAACAGCAUUGAGCGAAACGAGUGGAAACGUGGAUGAUGAUUUCACAGCGUUAGCCGAUGCUACAGAACGAUUCUUUGAACAAGAGCUGAAGCCUCCCGCUCAGCGAAUUCCACCGGCAACUCGACCACCACCUGUAACGAUUAAACACGACGAUCAGAUCAACAAGAUGCGCUCUCGUUUGGACCAGUUGGUUUCCGUAUGA